UAACAGUUAGUAAUAAGUAGACUGUAGCCCGUAGGUACUUUUUUUAGUGAAAAUAUUAAAAUUAAAAAAAUAAUAUUACAAAAUAUGAAAUAUAAGAAAAUAUCUUUGCCUUUUGAUGAAAAUUUUAUCAGUUCUAUCCAAGACAAUACCAAACCAACUAUUAUUGUUUCUAUAUUUGGGAAAUCUUCAUUAGCCUCUAAAUCAUGCAAAGCUCGCUUUGUGAAUGAGUUUUAUGAUCGUCCAAUAUUUAAUUCACCUUUAGUACAAGCCUCUUCAAAUUCAAGACUUCAGUCAUCAAUUGAGUGUUUUUAUGAUGAGCCAGGUGGGAUUGUUUAUCUUCACUUAAUUGGUUCUUUUGAUAGUCAUUCAAUCACACAAAACAUUGAUGAAUUAUCGACAGAAAUUGAAGAAAAAGGUUUUUUGAGAGUAUGGUCAUCACUGAAGUACAACUAUGCAUGUUCAUUAUUGUUUUUGUUAAAUGUUUCACACAUUCUUGUACUAACAAAUCCUGUUCCUGUAUUUGACACUAGCUACUUGAGUUAUUUCAAAGCUCUUGAUUGUUCACGAUCGAAAUUCCUUAACGCAAUAAAAUCCACAUUGUCAAAAAUACCUAAUAUAUCUACAACUUGGAUAGAGAAUACCAGACUGUGUUCACCAAGAUUAUUAUUUUAUUAUGAAACAUGUCCAGAUGAAUUUAAAAAAAAAAAGCAAUCAAAUGGGCCAUGCCAUCCUGGUUUAAAAAAAGCUGAAUAUUCUUUAGAAGACCAAAUUUAUUGUAUACUUAGAAAAAGACGAAUUAUUUCAAAUAUAAGCACUCAUUCUUUAUUUGCUAUCCCAGCUAAUCAAGAAUAUGUAUUUAUGGAUGAUUCACCUGAUCAAGUUUUAGACUGGGAUGAAUUUUUAACUAACUCACUGAUAAGUUUGUGCAAUAGUUCAUCUGUUGAAAUUAAAGAUCGUUUCAUUGACUGUGGACUUGAAGAAGAUAAUGUGGAGAAAGACUUUUUAAAUAAAAGUCAUAAUAUAAAAAAAUUUAUAUUUGACCACAUUGAUGUAGCAUUCAAAAAAGGAUUUGAUGAUAAUAUCGGUAGAAAUGCUAUUACAAUUCCAAAUUAUUUUGAGGCUCCAGCUUUUAGUACUUGGUGCCUAGUAGCAAAUGAAAUGUACAAUUUAUUUGUCUUGGCAAAUGACCUUGAUGAAGAAGCUAAAAUUGCAAUGGAAACAUUAAGAUCAUUUUUAGAUAUAGAUACCAAUUUUAGUGAGAGACGCUGCCGUAAAGUUCAGCCUAUUGCCAUGGCAGCCUAUCAGGAAAACUUGCCAUCACAUUAUAACAGAAACUAUCACGACACUAAAGUAGCUCAAGCACUUUCAGUGUUUGCUCAACAUGCCCGUGGGCCUUUACUCGAUGAUUAUAUUCAAAUUUUAGUUCAAGACUGUGAUAAAUUUUGGCAAUCAGGUCGUCAAAUGUGUGAAACUCUAUCAUUGACUGGAAAUCCAUGUACACAGCCUUUGCACAAAGGGGGUACUGUUGAUGGACCUAUCAAGGAACCAGAGCAAGAUGACAAUUAUAUUAAUAAGGAUGAACUACCUACUAUGGAACAUUCAAGUAGUGUCAUGUACUUGUCAGCAUGCAACUGUGGUCAUAAGCAAGGUACUCGUGAAGACCCAUUUACAAUUAGGACAGCAAACUAUGAUUUUUAUCAAAUUAUGGCCAAUGAUUGUGUCUGUGGUUGUUUAGACAGAAUUAAUUUUCCAGUAUUCCAACCUAGUACACAAGACUAUAGAGCGGCACAAUUAUUUGCAAAGCCUCCUGUGAUUGCUGGUAGAAAAAACAGUGCCGGUUUAUUACACACUCCAACUCAAAUGGGCCAUACUCAAGUAUUAAGUUUAGGAGGAGUUUUUGCCAGUUGUCAUUCUGUAGAUCCAAUAAAUGAAAUUUUGGGCGAAACAUCUCGAAAUAGGGAACUUCCUGAUAGACAGGGUCUUACUUCUGUUGAGUUGAUAAAUAUGCAAAAGAAUGAAGACACUAUCUCAGGAAAUCAGAUUGUUAUUAGAGUAACUGAUACAGAUGGUGACACAAAAGAAAAAUCAUUAGUUCGACAACCAAGCACGACAGAAUACUUGCCAGGCAUGUUGCAUACCGAAUCGCCUAAUAGUUUAUUGCCUCAGUUUCCAUCUUGGUCUUUAGUAUGUCUAGGCUCGUCUUGUUUGUAUUCACAUAAUAUAGGACUUCAAGAAACACAACAUCCUGGAUUUUUAAAUUCUACAGCUUAUCUUCUACCUUGGGAUGUUACUGUUCGAUUAGAACAUCAUCCUAGAGAUCGAUACUGGAAUUCUGAUAGAAACAAAAUUAAUUCAUCUCCUAUUCAGCGAGGGCGGAAAACUAAAGGUUCUCGAGAAUUUUCUGUUAAAAUUUUCAUUGGAGUUGAAUAUGAAUGCCCAAGAGGACAUCGAUUUAUGUGUUCAGCACCUGACAAGAUAUUAACUACUGCAGGUAGUGGUAUCGUAAAAGAAAAUGGAAAUAAGGUCUCUAAUUCAGAUAUGCCAUUGUACUUCCCGUGCCCUUGCAGCUCAGCUCCUUUAAUGGCUCAGUUAAUGAGAAUCCACGUUGUAACUCCUAAAGCACCUGUUCAUAUAACUUUAAAUCCCAUGGUGCAACCUGAUGAAAAUGGUGGUCCAAUAUUUGUAACGGGAUUUGAUACACCUAUUGAACUUACACAGAGUACUUAUUGGGUACUUCGACUGCCUUAUGUGUAUGCUGGUGAUCGUGGUCCUUAUCUUCCACCAAAAGAACCAUCACAGAAUCAAGGAAAACUUCUCAAAGGGGUGUAUAGUGUAGCAGAAGCAACAACAGAUAACAACAAACUUAACGUUUGAAAAAAAUCAAUAUUUUAUUUUUGAAAAUAUUUUUAUUAUUUGGCACAAUAUUAAUGGAAGGACUUAAUUACAUGAAUAACACUCAAUUAAUAAGUAAUGUAAGCUUUUAAAUUUUAAGUGUAGUAAAACAAACAUAUUAUUA